AUGAAAUUCUUUGUGGUAACCGUAUCCCUCUUCGCCGUGGCAUUGGCCGCACCAUCCGGUCCUGAUGCAGCUCUCGAAGCCCGUCGGAGGCUACCAGCCUUGGAGCACGAGGAGGUUCACGAUGAGUUCGGUCAGUUCGCUCUCCGGUACGUGACGGCUGAAGGAACCGUGGUGUCAGAGCGUGGCCGCCUUGUGCCUUCCCACGAUGGUACGGGCUACGUCAUGAUCACCGAGGGCGAGGUCUCAUACAUCGGUGAUGACGGCAAGACAUACGUCACCAAGUACACCGCUGGUCUUGACGGCACACACGUUGAAGGCAACCACCUCCCAGUCUCUGUGACCCCUGAACCCGUUCCUGCUGUUGAACCCGUCCCUACUGCUGUACCAAUUGUUGCCCCUGAACCCGUUAAAAUUGUAGCUAAGCCCAUUGAAUUCAUCAAUUUGUAA